CUCUCAGGUUCAACAGGUACAAUGACGUAUAUAUACAACAUUUGAAAUUUUGAAGACAGUUGGUAGUUUCCUUUAUAGUGAGUAACAUAGUGACAAGAGAACAAGGAUCUGAGGGAGAAAAUGUGGUUACUCUUACAUGUAACAUUACUGUUACCAGUAAUAAUUCUUGCGUUGCCUACACAUCACUUGGGAAAAUCCGCCGCAAUAUCGGCAAGUUUUGACGCUGCUGCUCCAAAGCCCUUGUUCAGUUUUGAAAAUGGCAACGUUGGAGUCAACUUUCUUGGUUACCAUGCUUCUGCUGGUCUCGGUGGAUUAUUAACAGGAAAUGCUGCUCAGGGUGGCCUUCAUGCACAAGCUGGUACACCCCAUGGGCAAAUUGCUGGAGCUGGACUUGGAGGAGGAGUAGAUGGAAGCGGUAAAUCUGCGGGAGGUUUAUACGCAGGAGCUUCAGCUGGCGGUGGCGUCGCAGCACGUGCAGGCUUAGCAGGAUCUUCUAGCGUAGCAGGAUCCAUAGGCGGAUCAUACGCUGGGGCAACAUCUGGUGGUGGUGAAACCUACAUCACCAAAGUUAGUCAUAAAGCUCCUGCUCCAGUAGUACAAAAAGAAGUAGAAAUCAUCGAAGAACAAAAACCCCAAACUACUUACAUUGAAAGAACAGUCAUUCCUAAUUACGUCGAAAAAACCGUCCAAGUUCCUUCAUACGUUGAAAAAACAAUUCGAGUUCCUACUACCGUUGAGAAGAAAAUUCGAGUUCCUGCAGAACCUACUAUUAUCGAAAAGACAGUAGAAGCUCCUGCUGAGGUUGGAGUAAGAGGAAGCUUCAAAGGAGAAGUUGUCAAAGAAGCCGAAGUGGUUCCACAUACUGUCACGUAUGUUCAAAAAACCCGAGUUCAUGGACAUCACCAUCCACAUGUCCAUAGCCGCAUUCGCUACAAGAAUGUUGGCUAUGGUGGUGGCGGCUACGGAGGAGGAUUCGCUAGUGGAUUUGGAGGCGGUUUCGGUGGUGGAUUUGGAGGAGGAUAUGGAGGUGGUUUUGGAGGAGGAGGCGGCGGCGGAGGAGGUGUGGCAUCCGGAGGUUACAGUGUUACGAAAUCAGUCAACUCUGGACUUUUUGACGAUAUCUUUAAUAUUCCUAUAUCAACAUUAGGAGCCGUUAAUAAGUUGGUUAGCGGAAUUGGAGGAGGUGGAUCUGUUUCAGUGUCUAAAUCUUUUGGAGUUGGAGGAUCAGCUUACUAGGAGCUUGUAACCAAAUGUGAUACAUAAAUAAAAAUACUCAGUGAAUUUUGUCAACUGAUAUAUAAAUUAUUGUAAAAUGACAAAGAGAAGACAAACACACAAAUCAAAUAAAUAUAUCUUUAACUGACAA